AUGAAGGCCGUGCUCUGUUCCUCUGUGGAGAUGCUACGUGUCAAGAACUUGGUGCCCCAGGGCCAGGCAGAGAGUCCUGUGGCUUUUGGAGACUUCCUGGAGCACCCCGGUCACCGUUCUGAGGACUGUGCCUUCGUGAGCCCCAGAAUGGAGAGGGGUCCUGCCGGCGCGGCUCCGGAGCCCGCCCUGUGCCUCUUCCUCCUGGGUGCCCAGCAGAGCGUCCUGGCCCAGCACCUGUGCCGGGAGGAGGAGUACCCGCUGGGCGCACAGUGCUGCCCUAAGUGCAACAGAGGGUACCACGUGAAGCAAGCGUGCAGCGACGUGAUGGGCACCGUGUGUGUGCCCUGCCCCCCGGGGACGUACACGGCCCACCCCAACGGCCUGAGCCAGUGUCUGCCCUGCCGGCCCUGCGAGCCAGACAUGGGCCUGGUGACCUGGCGGCGCUGCUCCAGCACGCAGAACGCGGCGUGCCGCUGCGGCCCCGGCCACUUCUGCCAGGACGGGGACGGAGAGCACUGUCGCGUGUGCGUGCCCCACGCCGCCUGCCGCCCGGGCCAGAGGGUGCUCAGCAGAGGCACCGACCAGCAGGACACGGUGUGUGCGGACUGCCCGCCCGGGACCUUCUCGCCAGACGGGACCCGAGAACACUGUCUGCCUUGGACCAAGUGCAACGCGUGGAUGGAGAGGGAAGCCGCGCCGGGGACCAGCAGGACGGACGCCACCUGCGCCCCGUCGGGCCGCUGGGGCUUGUUCCUGCUCCUGGCCAUCCCCGUCCUGGCUCUGCUCGGGCUCCUCGUCGGCCUGCGGAGACGGAGGCGCGGGCGGCCAGCCCAUGAGCGAGCGAGCCCGACUUGCGUCUCUCGGGAUGCUUUCCAGCCAGCAGAACAGAUGAGAUGAGGUCAAGGCGUUACAGGGCCCCACCCGGGACCGGCAGCCUGCGUGACGACACGGCAGACCUGUGGGGCCGCGCCGGCCGGACACGGCCCGAGGAUGCGCCGGUGCCACCUCCCUCGGCAGGAAGGACCAGCCCGCCCCACGCCUGCCCGCCGGCCGAUGGGGUCGGGAGCUGCCCCCUCCGCCUCCGGGCCCGGCCUCUCGAGGCUGGAGGGCCGGCGGCUCUCUGCCCGUCCGGGUCCCGUUGGGACUUGGAGAACAGGCCCGCGGCCCACGGUGGUCAGGGCCCGGCUCCCGGGUCACCCUGCCCGCGCGGAGAGCCACGGAGGGGACUUUUGGAGCUCGGCCCCGCCGUGUGACCUGUGUCCGUGAAGGCGUUUCCCAGGCUGGACUGGAAGGGGAAGACCUGCCCUGGGGGUCGGACUCGGACUCGACGGGAGAUGGGAGGAAGCCGGGGAGGGCGGCGCCGUUUCUUCCCCAGCAAGUUUGGCUGCUGUCUUGGACUCCGUCUGGCUUUGUCAGGCUUUCAAUUGAAUGAACAGGGACUUCAGUUUUGUUUUUUUUGUACCAGUCUUGGGGCUUGAACUCAGGGCCUGUGCACUGUCUCUGAGUUGCUGCGGCAGCAGCUGCUUCUUUUGAAACGAUCUUAUUGUUAUUGUUCAGGAAUACAGAGGGGUAACCGUUUCAUAAGUAAGGUAGAGUUCAAUCUUGGGCUGGGAAU